CGGAUCCCUGCUCGGAGCCUGGCAGAGAGAAGGGCUCUGGUUUUGCGUGGCACUGCUGGGCAGGGCGGCUCUCGGCCCGCGCCGCUGGCGCACAAAUCACAGCCCUGCCUGUGUCAGGUAGAUAAGGAACCAUGUGAUGCAGCUGCUGGGGAGCGGGUGGCAGGCCGGUUAAAGGUGCACAGGGAAAUAACCUUGCAGGGAGUUCCUCCCUCGCUCCCUCCCUCGCUCCCCAGGGAGCAGAAUCUCCGGGCAGCGCUGAUCCCUGCGGCUCUCACGGCACCUUGGCCUGGAUGCCUGCUCAGGUUCUGGGGGCUCUCUGAAACUCCCGGGAAGCAGGAAUGUCCUUCAGCAGAAGGAACUGGUCGGAUCUCUCCAGCCUGGCCAGGCAGAGGACCCUGGAGGAUGAGGAAGAGCAGCAAAGAGAGUGGCGGCGAAGGCACCGGAACCUGCUGUCCUCCACAUCCACGGAUGAGGAACCUGCCAGCCCUGUCAAGGACACCAGCCUAGCUCCCAGCAGACCUCCAUCCCUGGUGAAGCCGCAGUCUCCGGAGGAUGGGGAGGAGCGAAAGCUCUCAGCAGUGCCGAAGACACAAGAAGGGAGACGGACGAGGUGCCUCCCACCUGUAUCUGAAAAGCUGAGGCAGGAGAAGGAGCAGAAGGAGCCGGGGGUUGGAGAAAGCCGCCCGGAGGCAGCAGCACAGCCCCGCGGGAGGCAGGAGAGCAGCCGGGCUGCAGAGCGGGGGCAGGAGGCUGCCAAGGGCAGAGGGGACCCGCCUGCAGACAAGAACCCAGAGCCGGCCUCUGAGAGGAAGGUGAUGCUGAGGGCACGGCUUCAGGACAAAGGCGAAGGAGUGUGGACUUCUCAAGGGGAGCAGAGGAAAGAGUUGAAGGAGCCACUGGAGGUGGGGAGCUGCCGGCUCCGGGAGGUGAAGAUCCUCACCAGGGUGGGAAACCACAGCACGGAGGUGGUGAGCUCAUCUCCAGAGCAGCAGCAGCCAUCCAGGAACCCUUCAAAGCAGGUAACCCAGCUGUCCCUGCCCCGAGAUGAACCUACAGAAAAGCCAGAGCCUUCUCCAACUCACGUCACCUUCAGCAGCUCCAUCCGACGCACCAGUCCAAGAACUGUCUCCUUUCGGAUCAUCUCCAGGAAGCAGAAAGAAGAGAGCCAAAGCCCUCUAACAAGGAGUGCGAGUCUGAGGAUCCCAGGCAGCAACAACACCAUUGGGGAGAAGCUGGAAAAAUAUAACUCAGCUGUGCAGCGCUCGGAAGGGGUGAAAUCCUCCGCGCCGGUCCAGAAGAGCCGCCUGCUCUCCUCCGAAGGGGUGGCGAGCAAGCGCAACUUCUUCGAGGGCAGCGCUCCCAGCAAGGCGGAGCCAGCGGCUCCCCGGAAGGACAGCCUGAAGAUCCCAGGAUCAGUGACAUCCCGCAUUAAUCUGUGGAUCAGCCGAGCUCAGGAGCCUGCCAAGGAGGAAAGCAGCAAGGAAAUCAGGAGAGUCAACAGCCUGGCAAAGCGAGACAUCUGGAUAAAACAACCUGGAGACAGCUCUGGGGACACCAAGUUGCAAUAAUACCAGCUGUGAUACCAGACCAUCUGGGAAAAACUGGUUUGCUCUGAAGAUCAAAGCCCAGCCCACCCCAACCAUCCAGCAGCCACUGCCACGAGCCCCCUCUGCCACACGUGGGUGCAACCCAGGUCACGGGGUACUCUGUUUGUGGGAUGGGAAGGAAGAAACCUGGAAGAGUCUCCCUGUGCCCCCAGUCCCCACUUACUGCCCGUCUGGGGGUGUCCAAGCCUGGAGGCUUCCUGCAGGUGCUGAAGGCAAACUCCUGCCUUGUUUGCCCACCACAUUUUGCUGUUUGCUCCUGAUGUCUGCCUGUGCCCCAAGCUGCCCUGGCAGAGGGAUCCCCCACAUGGCUCCCUGGCAGCUGGAAGGUGUCAGCGGGACGAGAACCUGUCUGGCCAAGGGAGUUUCAGCUGCACAUCCAGAGACCACAUCCGUCCUUGCUGCCUGGGGGGACCUGGGGCAGGCAGGUGUCCCCCAUGCCAGGCUGUCACUGCCAGAGUGACCCAACCAAAGGCCAAUGUUUGUGAAGUCACACAAGUGCUUGGAGAUGCCUCAUGGAAGACAGAGGCACUUGGCCCUGGUGUUCCCCUCCACAUGCAGCUGAACCAGAGACUUGUCCUUGUCCCUGCCACCCCCUGCCCCUGCCAGCACUGACCCCUUCAUUCAGUGAGGGUGGGCUGGCCAUGGCCCUGUUUGUGGGAUUUCAUGGGGCUGAAUGCCCUGUGCUGGGCCCCGUUUCCCUCUUGCCCUUCCUCCUGAGCCCUUUGCUGUGCAGCCCCUGAUCCUGCAUUGCCUGGGCUGCUGAGCCCACCCAGCAGGGAUUUGGGAUGCUCUCAUGAGGCCUUUGGGGUGCCACAGCCAAAGGGCUCAAAGCUUCCUUUGGGGCUGUUCUUUGGGUUUGAGCUGUGCCUUGAGCAACCACUACAGCGUCAAAUUCGGUGUGGGAAUCCGCUGCUGCCCCUGGAGCUGAUCCUGCUUGCUGGGCUUGGGAAAGGACUUGGGUUUCUCUGUGCUUUUUUUGUUUUUCUAAUAAAAGUUGCUCUUUCUAAGACA